AUGGGCAUCGCCGUCGAGGGCUCGCGGCGACCGGGCAGCGGGCAGUUUGCGCAGCCUUCGCGCGGCGCAUGUGGCACCAUGUGGCACCCCCACGGCGCGGGCGUGGCGGGCGCGGCGGGCGCGGCGGAAGCAGCCCUCUUUGAGAAGGUGCGGCGCUUGUACCCCUUGGCCAGCGACCAGGACUACAAGCAGCACGGCCGGUGGCAGCGGGACCUGCUGCGCAUCGACCUCAAGCUGUUGCGGGCGCACCGCCGGGAGGCUGGCGCAGAGCUGGAGGACUCAGGGCCGGAUGAUCUUGAAGAUGGCCUGGACGUGGGCCAAGUAGAGACAGGAGAUGAAGUGGCGGAUGAGGAGGUUCCAGGGGAGGAAGCUGAGGACGCUGAGGAGGAAGAUUUUGAAGAAGUCGCUGUGGAGGAGGCAGCUGGAGAGGGCGAAGACAUGGAGGAAGCUGCGGAGGACCCAGAUGUGGAUGACCAGGAGGGUUUGGGUCGAGCGGCGGCAAAUGAAGGCGCGAAACCAGCAGUACGGUCCGUUUACAAGCCAGUGGAUGGUGGUAAGCCGGCAUUGGGUAUCAAGCUUGUAGGAGGCAACAGGCAAGCGGUUGCCAGCAGGGCGGCAGUUGCCAGCAAGACGCCGGUUGUCAGCAAGGCGGCGGUUGCCAGCAGGGCAGCAGUUGCAAGCAGGACAAUGGCUGCCAGCAAGCCGGUGCUCGGCAACAAAUCUGCCACUGUUAGUAAGCCUGUAAUGGCCAGCAAACAAGCAUCUGCCACUCAGCCUGCCUUUACCUAUAAGCCAGUUUCAGGCAGCAAGCCUGCCUUGACCAACACGCCAGCGCUUGCCAGCAGGCCAGCGCUUGCUAGCAAGCCGGCACUUGCCAACAGCAGGCCAGCUUCUGCAAGCAAGCCCGCGCUAGCCAACAGCAGGCCAGCUUCUGCAAGCAAGCCCGUGCUAGCCAACAGCAAGCCAGCUUUUGCAAGCAAGCCGGUGCUAGCCAACAGCAGGCCAGCUUUUGCAAGCAAGGCGUUGCUGGCCAACAGCAGGCCAGCUUUUGCAAGCAAGCCGGUGCUAGCCAACAGCAGGCCAGCUUUUGCAAGCAAGGCGCUGCUGGCCAACAGCAGGCCAGCUUUUGCAAGCAAGCCGGUGCUCGCAAACAGCAAGCCAGCACACAGCAGGCCACCACUUGCCAUCAAGCCAGCGUCGGCCGACACAAAAGCAUCGGCCAACGGACCAGUGCUCGGCUACAAGCGUUUGCCUACGCCCGUGCUUAGCAACAUGCCCAAGCAUGGCCACAGGCAGCCCGCUCCCAAGUUCUCUGCAAAGGCCUCGGCGAGAUUGCCUUUGCCACUUCCCAAGAGGCGAGCGCAGAUCCCCCUGCAGAAAGCUGCAACGCAAGACACGAAGUUGCUUGUGAGCAUGCCUAAAAAGCGGGCAGCGCCCACAGGGCUCCACAUGCCAACGCCCAAGAGGCGCUUGGCGCCGCCAGCAGAACCAGAGGAGCUUGACACGCCUGCGGAGCCUGAGGAGCUUGCGGAGCCUGACGAGCCGGAGGAGCCUGAGGAGCCUGAGGAGGAUGCGGGGCCUGAAGAGCCUGAGGAGCUUGCCGAGCCUGCGGAGCCCGUGAUGAAAGCGGCUCUCCGCAUGCCCACGCCCAAGAGGCGCUUUGCGCCACCAGCAGAACCUGCGGAGGAAAAACCUGCAGACGCGGAGCCAACGGAGAAACCAGCGGCCGGAGUCCGCUUGCCCCUGCCUGUGCCAAAGAAGCGAGCGGCACCUCCGGCUUUGACUCCCGCCAAGCGGUUCAACGGAGGCAGCGGACCGGCUUUGCCAAAGCCCGCUGCACAGGUCAAGGGCUCUGUGGGCCAGGAGCUCCGGCGCAUCGGGGAAUUCAUCGGGCAGUGGCAGCUGGAGCCACUGGCCGCGAAGAAGUGCCUGGCGCAGCUGGCGCCCGCCAGGAGGCAGUGGGUUUUGGAGAACUUUGAUGGCUCGACGCUGCUGGAGGACUUCGUCUGAGCUGCGCAUUGCGGAUCAGAAAGGAGUGGGAA